GAAACCAAUGCAUUUAGACAGCAUGGUUGUACAUAAUAUUCAAGAUGAGAUCACGCCACCACGCCGCCCCCAAUGCCUAUAAUGCCCAAUGCCGGUUCUCAGAAUCUCACUGGCACGUGUGCGGAACAUGCUGAAUCCAAACGUCUUCAUCAUCUGCCCGAAUAUACCGACUCCGAUGUUUUAAUGAGAAGGUAGCUGAAGGAGAGUUGACGUUACUCAAAAACAGUGAAGGCGCAACUAAGACCUAUCUUUCGCUUUCUUAUCUUGAUUCAUUAUUGCAAUGGGGAGUUCCCGCCCAAAACCAUCUAUUCCCCAUAUCCCGUCUCGAAAUUUUGCCGGUUCCAACCAUACUGAAGUUGCGAAACUUCCACACCACUCAGACACGUUCAGUGUUGUCAUUUGCGGAGAAUCCGGAUCUGGUAAAAGUUCCUUGGUCAAUUUGAUCGCUGGGGCGCACACGGCGGUCACAUCUGACGGUGCUGGGGGGUGUACAACUACAACCAAUGUGUAUGAUGUUUUGAUUCUGAACGAGACGUUGAAGGUGAAGCUUUCUGAUACAGUCGGUCUGGGCGAGGGCCCUCGAGGCACAGUUCCAGAUAAGGACGCUCGAAGAAUUUUGAAGAGGCUCCUUCGAACUCUGACGGAGCAAGGCGACAUUCAUCUCGUCAUGUACUGUGUGCAGGGUGGGAAAGAGAUUCGGUCACUCCGCCAGAACUAUCAGUUAAUCCGCUCUCAAGUCGAGAGGAAAGUUCCAAUUGUCCUUGUCGUCACAUGUUUGGAAUCCUAUCAACCAGAGAUGGAAGACUGGUGGAGAGAUAAUGAGCGGACCGUCUCAAAGCUCGGGAUGACCUUUGCUGGCCACGCAUGUAUCACGACGACGACGACGAUGACAAAAUAUAUGGAUGUGCAGCGCCGCACCCAUUCAUACGACGCUGUCUGCGAACUCAUCAAUCAGUGUCGUCCAUCGAAUGACACAGGAAUUCAUACUGGAUCGUCACUAGACACUGUUCAUCCCUCUGCAAGUGGUAACAAGUACCCAAAUGUUGGCAUCUUUGGGCAGGCAGGGGCCGGCAAAUUCUUCAAAGCAAUCACCGGCUCUCUCACGAAUCCCUUUGUGAAAAGAAGGUCCCCAUUGUCAUAGUGAUCACAUACCUCGAAAACGAAGUCGGGGAAAUGGAUAACUGGUGGAAGAGAAACCAAGAUACUUUCCGUCACCGGGGGUUCCAU